AUGGCCCAGAUGGCAAUGGGCUUUGGCAUGUCUCAGCAGCUCCAGCAGCAGCAGAUGAUGCAACAGCAGAUGCAACAGCAGCAACUGAUGCAGCAACAGCAGAUGCAAAUGAUGCAGCCGCAGGUGAACCAGCAGCAGCUCUUACAGCAGCAACUUCAGCAACAGCUGGGCCAACAGCAGAUGAUGCAGCAGGUGCCAAACCAGCAUUUCCAACCGCAGCAGCAGAUGUCGCAGAUGCACCAGCAGCAGUUGCAACAGCAGCUGCAGAUGCAGCUGCAACAGCCACAAUCGAUGGGCCAAGCACAAAAUCCCAUGAUGCAGAGGAUGCAGUCGGUAGGAGCCACUGCUCCUUCUCAGCCGGUGCAGGCUGGCAAUACACCAGCAGGGUCGCAAAGUGUAGCUUCUGGGGCCUUGCCGGGAGCAUCGGCCUACACUGUGAUCUCCAAGGGUGGCGAUCAGAGUGAAGUGGUGAUCAGGACCUUGCUGGGUGACUACGUCGAGAAGGGUGUGAACCACGGCCGGAAAUUCUUCCAGAAGACACCCAACAAGUCUUCGGGUGACCUUGUGGAAGUUUUCCUCUACUACUGGGACAACCGCGACGGUCCCAAUUUCGAAGGCUGGUGGUUUGGCAACAAACUCGGUGGGACGCAGGUCUGGUCGCACUGCGCCGACAAGGGCCUUGUUCCACCAUCACUGGGAUGGAAAAUCCCCUGGGAUGGUCAAGUACGACCAACUUUGCAGGUGGGACCCAAGCACGAGAUGGACCGCAAGGAAGCGGAAGAGAAACUGAAGUCCAUCAGCGCAGACGUGGCCAAGGUGGACUCGGAGGCCAAGCAAGCCAUGCAGCAGGCCACCACCUUAGCGGGCAACAUGAGCAACAGCCACCUGCUGUCGCAAGCGGAGCAGAUCCUACUCCCUCACUCCAACGCCAUGAUUGAGGUCCAGAAGAAGUUGGCCGAGGGCCAGCGAGGUCAGCAGGGUGAAGUGGCACGGAGCUUCGUGCAGUUGGCCAACCAGCUGAGGAUGACGCAGGGAAACCUGACCAAUCUGCAGAACAAGUACCGCAACGCCAGAAGCCAGGCAGGGUCCGGUGGUCACUUUCGCAGUUGGUCGCUGGAACAGAAGUGA